AUGCCGUCGUUGAGCCGCAACAGUUGUUUUCUUCACGCGCCAGUGAGUGCAGUGGCUGUCGGCUCGCAGUGUAUUUGUUUUGCGGUCGGGAACCGUGUGCUGGCGGAUGCGGCGGACGUUGGCGGCAAUUGCGACGUUGAGGUGGUGGCGGAACUUCCCCACGGAGCAGUGAUAACGGCGCUUGAAGAGCAUGCCGUGAGUGGCGCCAACGGCGAGGUGAACGUCAUGCUUCUGAUUGGCAGCGGCGAUUCUGUUUUUGUCGCCAACAAUUUUAUGCGGAAGGAGCAUCCGGGUGACCGUCGCCUCGCACAAUUCGUGCUGGGCGGCAUGGCAAGGGUCCUGCGUCUUCGAAGUCUCGGAGCGGGUGGCGGUGUCCUGGUGGUCACGGCGAUGAACGCCGCGUACCUCCUCCGCGAGGAAGCCCUGCUUGCGGCGCGUGCGUUGCCAGCGGCGCCUUUGCUGGUGCGGCAUGAGGCGACUGGGCUGGGAGUCGCGCUUGCCGCGGAUGCCGUUGUCGAGGGCGACAGUGCCGCCAUGACGGUUUUUACCGGCACGUACGCCGGAUCGAUUGCAGUUUGGCGUGUGCCCGUCGCGGGCUCUCGGAGGCGUGUGCGGAGGGCGUGUGCGGAGGAAACGGGCACUGCGCGAGGUGUGCUCCAGCCUCUCUCGUGGAUCAACGCCCAUCGCCCCGGCUGCGCCGUGUUUGCAGUGAAGGCCAUUGCCUUGAAAGACGGCGCGGAGGCGGACCACGUGCGUUUCUGCGUUGCCACCUGCAGUGAUGAUCGCACCGCGACGCUGUACGUCUCCAGCGGUGCCCCCGCCGCCUCCGGCGUGACAAAUGGGACGAUGUGGAGCUGCUGUUGGCGCGGCGCCGGUGCGUCCUUCUCACGGCGACGGGUCUUCGACGUCUCGCUGCUCCUCGCUGCAGAAGACGACGGGAAGCUGCUUCUCGCCACAGGCGGCGAGGACGGCAGCGUGCACGUCUUCAGCUUUUCCUCUCAGCGGCUUCUCUGUGCAACGGCGGCGGCGCCGGUGGAGCCAGUGCGGCUCCUACAUCGCGGACACCAGCACGAUGGUCGCGGCGUUUACAAAGUUGCCCUCCUACGCAGCCGCGCCUCCGACGCCUCCGCAGUGGUGUCGUGUGGCUUCGAUGGUGCCGUUCAUUACACCCCGCUGCCACCCUGCCCCGCGCGACGGGGGAUGAUUCUGUCGCGCGCCCUGCGGCCCAGGAGACACGUGCGCGGUGUGAUGUGCGACAACGAGGGAAGCUUGUUGGCGUGCACAGAGGACGAACUCAUUGUUCUUCCACGAGACGCGAAGGCGAAGGAGCGGCGGCUGCCAAUUCCUAUAGCUGAUGCAAAGAAGGACUUGCCCUCAUGCAUCAGCGUAGCCGCGGGGCCGGGCUGGGGGCGGCGACAACGGUACCUCCUCGCUCUUAUUGGUACCACUGGUGGAAAUGUGUACGGCAAGUGGUACAGUUCAGCUGGAACUCAACCGCGGUGCCAAAAGGAGGACGAGAGAGAAGAAGAGGAAGAAAUGCAAGGCACCGUCGUCCUGCUCCAUGCAUCAGCGUCGCGUGCAUCCAAGGUUUUGCUCGUGCGCGGGAUGCUUUGGCGGGAGCGGGUGUUGCUUGUCAGCAUUCACGUCAGUGGGGCUCUCCUUGUGUUGGAGGUCGAUCCCCUGCUUAAGGCGGCCGCAACGGUGUGGAUGACUUGUCAGUGUGCUGGAGUGCAAACCACAACGCUAAGCACGUGUAUGCUGUCACCGCGGCGGGAGCCGCAAAAGGAAGAAGAUGAACAACAGCAAAAACAGCAACAAUGCCAGGAUCAAGAGCUGCAGCAACGGUAUAUUUGCCUCUUCAUGGGCGACGAGGAAGGUGGUCUUUCCGUGAGUGUUCUCCACACGAGGGGGGAUGCACGCACAAACACAAAACUGCUGCCCCGCGAGCGCCUAUUUCAGGGUCCAAUUGCGUCUGUCAUACAUGAGGCACGGCAUGUGGGCGGCCCCUGUGACCGCGUCACUGUGGUAUCUGCGCAGGGUGAAGUGCGUGUUCUUCUCCUGCGGGCUGGGGGUGAAGGUGUUGAUGUCCUUCCGGUGUCGUGUCCGCUGCGGCUGCCGUGGCGCAUUUCUUCCGUUCUCGCCUGUAGCGAGACCGUUGCCGUGACACUGUUUGGAACUGACAUCUCCGUCUACAGGCGCCAGACAUCGCGUUUCGGCUGGUACCUGGCUGCAGAGUAUCGCGGCGUAAAGGCCCCUCGGCUGCUGUCCGCAACUAUUCCAGCCAAGGUUUCUGGCGAUUCUGACCUCCCUGUCUUUGUCGGUCACUGCUCGGAUGGUGUGCAGGCUGAAUGGUUCGUCUGCGACGCGUCGAGCGGUACGCGCGUUCUCUUUGGUGGCGCCAUUAUUGGUCGUGAGUACAACGCCGUCCUCUUUCUUCCCAGUCCCGCGUCCGCCGUCGUAUGUGGGGGUGAGAACUCGAUGCUGACGGCGUUGUCGCUCCCAAACUCUUCACAGAUGGGCAUGGAGGCCCCUUUCACGAUGACGGGCCCCCACGACUCAAAUAUUUUGGCAAUGGCGACUUGCGCCGCCACCGGCGACGGUGGCAGUGGUGUGCGCUUUGUCACCGUCGGGGGUUUGGCGACGCUGGCACUGUGGGAGUGGUCCAUCCGCCACAGCUGGCGCGUCAUCGCCCACGUGGGCCAGCACCUGGAGGCUGCCGCUGGUGCUGAGGCGGAGGGCCGUGGGGUUCCGCGGUUUUUGUCGGUCUGCGUGACGUCUGAGGACAUCGUCGUGGGAGGCAGCGAUGGACGUGUGCGGGUGUUUUCCCUCACGGAGGGCUUGCAGCUGCGUCGCACCGUGUCGCUCUGCGCCCCCACGCCGAAGCCGGUGAUGGCGGCGGCCACGCUGAGCGCCGAAGAUCGACUUGUGGUCGUCGCUGACACGAACGGGGUUUUGGGUGUCUGCGGUGCGGCGGAUGGAACCGUCACGGCACGCCUCUCGUUGGCCAAAGCCGCCGUAAACGCCGUCGCCGUGGGACCGCAGAUUGGGACUCGGUUGCAGCAGCAGGGUGGACCGGCGGAGGCGAAGGGGGAGGCGGGAGACGUCUUCGCCGUGUGGCGCGUGCUGGCCGCCAUGGACUCCGGUGACGUCGCACUUUUGCACGUGGGGGUGUCGGCAAUCGUUGUUGUGUGCGCCGUGCGCGUCGGCCUCACCGCCGCCCGCGGGGUACGCUGGCUCCCCGGGCCCCCGCAGGACAACGACGGCGGCGGUGAGACCGCCGUCGUGGUCAACGACGAGCGCCUGACGUGCCUUCACACAUGUGAGGCGGCCGCCGCUGCGAGACGGGCGGAGAUGCUCCGCGUGGCGUGGCAUACGCGCGUGAAUGUUCGCGGCGUCAGCGGCCUCGCCGUUGCAUCCCUGCCGAGGCAGUCGCUGUGUGCGGUGGUGGUGGGGGAGGGCGUUGAGGCGAUUCCGCUACCCGCGGACGGCGGCGCGCUAGAAAGGAGGCGGGAAAGUCUACAGAUAAGUGUGAACGGCGUCAGCGGAGCCACAGUCACCACGUGA